AUGCCCGUCGGCCCCGCCCCUCCCAUCCCUACAAAAGUCGCCGUCCCGCGUCCGGGCAAGCGCGGCUCGGGCCCUGCGGCGGGUAUCAACGUCGUGGCCGUGUUCGGCGCCGGCCUCAUGGGAUCUGGCAUUGCGCAGGUCGCGGCGCAGGCGGGAUACACCGUCAACCUCGCGGACGUUAGCGACAAGGCUGUCCAGAAUGGCAUGAAGAUCAUUGCCAGGUCGGUCGCGCGUGUGGCGAAGAAGGUCGCUCCAGGCCAGGAGGACGAGUACGUCAAGACCGUCUUGGGCAACUUGCGUCCCACGACCGAUCCCUCUGUGGCCGUCGGCAACGCGGAAAUUGUCAUCGAGUCGAUCGUGGAGAACAUUGAGCUCAAGCAGAACCUCAUGGCCGCGCUGGACAAGCACGCCAAGCCCGACUCAAUCUUUGCCACCAACACAUCCGCCUUGCUCGUCAAGGAGGUGUCUGAAAAGUGCCCUGCGGCGCGCAAGGCGCGCUUUGGCGGUCUGCACUUCUUCAACCCCGUUCCCGUCAUGAGGCUCGUCGAGGUGAUUCGCUCAGACACGAUGGAGGACGCGGCGUACGACCGCCUGUUUGAGUUUGGCGAGAGCCUCGGAAAGGUGGCCGUCAAGUGCAAGGAUACCCCUGGGUUCAUUGUCAACCGCAUUCUGGCCGCGUACAAUCGCGAGGCCACCAUGGUCGUCGAGCGCGGCGACGCGAGCUUUGAGGACGUCGACAAGGCCAUGGAGCUCGGCGCAGGAUACCCCAUGGGCCCAUUCAAGCUGUUCGACUACGUCGGCCUCGACACGUGCAACCUCAUCGGCAUGUCGUGGGCCAUCCGCGCCGCACAGGGCCUGGUCCCCGAGUCCAUGGUCGACCCGCCGUCCAACAUGAUUCCCGAGCUCGUCGAGGAGGGCCACUUUGGCCGCAAGACCGGCCGCGGGUUCUACGACUAUUCGAAAGAGAAGAACAAGCUCCGCUAG